ACACCACCUUUUAACAGUCUCACUCUAACUGAUGUGACUACAUUUUAGUUUUCCUUCCUUUCCAUUCGUUUUGCUAUGGAUUUCUUAAAGCUUCCAGAUAGCAUUAGGUGCAACUCGGCCAAGAUGGACGUCCACCCUGAGGACUCACUGAGAGAAAAUAAAGGGACAGUGGUUGAUUUCAGCAAUAUUUACUCUAAAGACCUUCUGCCAACCUUGGGAGGAGAAGGAAUAACCCGGGAAUUUCUGCAUGAGAUGCUCAACCUAUUGAUGAGUUACAUAUGCAAGUCCUGUCAAGGAAAUUCCAAGGUUUUGGAUUUUCACCACCCUCACCAACUGAAAGAAGGACUGGAAGGCUUCAGUCUAGACCUGCCUGAGAAACCGGACACUCUUGAACAAAUAUUAGUGGACUGUCGGGACACACUGAAAUAUGGAGUUAAUACAGGGCACCCUCGCUUCUUCAAUCAACUGUUCGCAGGACUGGAUGUGAUUGGAGUGGCUGGUGAAUGGCUGACGUCCAUUGCCAACACUAAUAUGUUCACAUAUGAAGUUGCUCCAGUCUUUACCCUGAUGGAGGAGGUUCUACUGAAGAAGAUGCAAAGCAUUGUGGGAUGGUCUGAUGAUGAGGGAGAUGGAAUCUUCUCUCCAGGAGGCACAAUCUCCAACAUGUACAGUAUGCUGGUGGCCAGAUAUGACUUCAACCCAGAAGUGAAGACAAAAGGAAUGGGAGCGCUUCCUCAUUUGGCCCUCUUCACUUCUGAACAUAGUCACUAUUCUGUCAAAAAGUCUGCCGCAGUUCUGGGACUAGGCAUUGAAAAUGCUUUUAUUGUCAAAUGUGAUGAAAGAGGGAAAAUGAUUCCAGAGGAACUUGAAGCUUCCAUUCUUGCAGCGAAAGAAAAGAACAUGGUUCCGUUCUAUGUGAAUGCGACAGCAGGCACGACCAUCUAUGGAGCUUUUGAUCCUCUUAAUGCCAUUGCAGACAUUUGCCAGAAAUACACAUUAUGGAUGCACGUGGAUGCAUCAUGGGGUGGAGGCUUACUUUUGUCAAACAGACAUAGGAUGAAGCUACAAGGCAUUGAAAGAGCUUGUUCAAUAACGUGGAACCCACAUAAGAUGAUGGGGGUUCCCCUGCAGUGCUCUGCCAUCCUGAUCAAGAAGAAAGGUGUCUUGCAAAAAUGCAAUGAAUUGGGAGCGCCGUAUCUUUUCCAGAAAGACAAAUUCUAUGAUGUGAACUACGAUACUGGAGAUAAGAGCAUCCAGUGUGGCAGACACGUGGACGUCUUCAAACUUUGGCUCAUGUGGAAAGCAAAGGGUACAGAAGGCUUUGGAGCUCAGGUAAACAAGUGCCUGGGAAAUGCGGAGUAUUUGUAUGAUCUACUGCAAAGGAGGAAAGACUUUGAACUGGUCUUCAGAAACAAACCAGAGCACAGCAACGUGUGUUUCUGGUACAUCCCUCCCAGUCUGAGAGGCAUGGCAGCCGGCGGCGACCGAGACGAGAGACUCCAUCAGGUUGCUCCUCGGAUCAAAGGAAGGCUGAUGGAAAAGGGCUCUGUUCUGAUUGGAUAUCAGCCUACAAGUACCAAAGUCAACUUCUUCCGAUGCAUUUUUGCUAACCCCGCUACCCGGCAUGAAGACAUUGACUUCCUAUUGGAGGAGAUAGCCCAGCUGGGCCACGAUUUAUGACAGUACCGCCCAUUUUUGCUUUGUUCGUUUGUCCAACUCACCUGAUCCGAUACCCCGGGAAUGCAUUAACACUUUUAGUGCCGUUGAUGAUGAUAGUGGUAAUAGAUAAUGAUAAUCAUGUGGUUCAUAAAAACGAAGUUAAAACUUUUCAAAUGAGUUCAUUUCUAGUAGACGUCCAAUCCAUUUGAAGUGGGAAGGUUGGCACAUAGAAUUCAUAAUGUAUUGACGGGACACGGGGCCGAUAAAUAGGGGGCCUGCAUUGUUGGCGAGGCCUCCAAAGCUGACCGUGUGGAAUCACAGACAAAGAUCUGUUUUCAUUGAAAAUUCUUGUGACUAAAUGCUUAAAUCCCUGAAUUCUUCAUAGAUAUGCACGUAAAACAGUCUCGAUUCUGGGUUAAAAGCAAAAAAAAAUUGUGCAGUUUGCAUUUAUUUUACGUAAAUAUGUCGAAAUACAAUGCUAGUCUGUUAGUAAGUGUAGCUAGCAGCCGCCUGAUGUAAGCAGAGCUUUUAUGUUGAAAAUUCUUGUGAAUAAAUGCAUAAAUCCCUUAAUUCUUUAUAGAUAUGGACGUAAUAGUCUCGAUUCUUGGUUAACAGCAAAAAAAAUCUGGCAGUUAGCAUUUAUUUUAUGUAAAUAUGUCAAAGUACAAUGCUAGUCUGUUAGUAAAUGUAGCUAGCGGCCGCCUGAUGUAAGCAGAGCUUUUACGUUAAAAAUUCUUGUGAAUAAAUGCGUAAAUCCCUGAAUUCUUUAUAGAUAUGGACGUAAAACAGUCUCGAUUCUUGGUCAAAAGCAAAAAAUACCGUGUUGUUUGCAUUUAUUUUAUGUAAUUAUGUCGAAGUACAAUGCUAGUCUGUUAGUAAAUGUAGCUAGCGGCCGCCUGAUGUAAGCAGAGCUUUUACGUUAAAAAUUCUUGUGAAUAAAUGCGUAAAUCCCUGAAUUCUUUAUAGAUAUGGACGUAAAACAGUCUCGACUCUUGGUUAAAAGCAAAAAAAAAAAAUCGUGCAGUUAACAUUUAUUUUACGUAAAUAUGUCGAAGUACAAUGCUAGUCUAUUAGUAAAUGUAGCUAGCGGCCGCCUGAUGUAAACAGAGCUUUUCAGGUACGAUUUCCUGUACCAUGAUGAAGUCUACGGUUGGCAACGAAUAAACGUAUUCACUGCCGCCGUCCCACUUCAAAUGGUUUGGACGUCUUGCGCUGUCAAUGGCAGUCAAUGAGUUCAUGCAGUGUUUUUCAACCACUGCACCGUGGAAAGUCAUCCACGUUCACCUAACUCGCAUUAAAGUGUUUUUUGAAAAAGAAUCUGCAAAUGUGCUGUUGCUGAGCGUAUGUGCUGUCCAAACGUCAGUAAUCAUGCAAUACCCUUCCAUAUCAAUAUGUGUCAGUAGGUAGCUAAUGACUUUUUGAGUGGUGCAAAAAGAGGUAAGGUGCUAGCGGCUAGCUAGCGAAACUAACAGUGACAGCCAUGGAAAAAGUUUUUAGAGAAGAAAGAUGCUAAAAAAAGAAAAGAAACUGGACAUUGGAAAAAAUUCAUUGGAUGUUGGUCAAAAGGAAGCAAAAACGGUUUCCUCUCAGAGAGUCGCUGUUGUGCUGCAAUAAGCAAAAGCUUUCGCUGGGAUUUACACUCGACCCUAAAUGAACAUAGCGGAGUUAACUUUCAUCGGUGAUGAAGUGAGUGAGUAAAAAUAUUAUAAAAUGUGUUUUUCUUUGUGUUUGUUUGAUUCCUACUCAAUACACGACUUUAUAUUGUCAAUAUAGA